AUGAGCUGUUCUCCGUCAUGGUGCAUCAAGGAAGCGCUGCAGGCGGAGCUUGGUUUAGGAACAUGGAUCAAGGGCAGUGGUACUGCUUCAAUGACACACGCGUCGAACCCGUUGGCCCUGAAGAAAUUUCGAAAAGUUUUGGUGGUUCUUAUGGCGGGUGGUCUACAAAUUAGUAAAUUGAAUGCCAGUUUUAUUCGUACAGCAAAUCUGCCUGUUCACAUUACUCAACUGAAAAGUCAGUGGAAAGAACAAGAAGCUGAGCGAGAGAGGCAACGAAUUUAUUUACUGAAUCUUGUAAAUAUCAAAGUUCAUCUGAAUAUGGUGUGUGACAAUGAUUCUAUGCUAAGCGAACAGUUUGUGAUAGAUAUGCCCCGUUCGAACACAUUAUGUGAUGUGUACAAUCAGGCUUUGAAAUUUUUCGAGGAGAAAGCCCAGGCGCUUGCUACGUCAGAGAAA